AUGGAAGACCUGGCUCUACGAGCAGGCCCACAACCAGUGGAUGGGGUUGACCCUGCUUCCCCCCUCCCUCCUCCCAGCUUCCCCCCUCCCUCCUCCCAGCUUCCCCCCUCCCUCCUCCCAGCUUCCCCCCUCCCUCCUCCCAGCUUCCCCCCUCCCUCCUCCCAGCUUCCCCCCUCCCUCCUCCCAGCUUCCCCCCUCCCUCCUCCCAGCUUUCCCCCUCCCUCCUCCCAGCUUCCCCCCUCCCUCCUCCCAGCUUCCCCCCUCCCUCCUCCCAGCUUCCCCCCUCCCUCCUCCCUGCUUCCCCCCUCCCUCCUCCCAGCUUCUCCCCUCCCUCCUCCCUGCUUCCCCCCUCCCUUCCCCCUGCUUCCCCCCUCCAUCCUCCCUGCUUCUCCCCUCCCUCCGCCCUGGGUCCCCCCCCCCCUCCGCCCUGCUUCCCCCCUCCCUCCUCCCUGCUUCCCCCCCGGCUACUCCCUGCUUCACCCCUCCCUCCUCCCUGCUUCCCCCCUGCCUACUCCCUGCUUCACCCCUCCCUCCUCCCUGCUGAACCCCCUGCCUGCUCCCUGCUUCACCCCUCCCUCCUCCCUGCAUCCCCCCUCCCUUCCCCCUGCUUCCCCCCUCCCUCCUCCCUGCUUCCCCCCUCCCUUCCCCCUGCUUCCCCCCUCCCUUCCCCCUGCUUCCCCCCUCCCUCCGCCCUGCUUCCCCCCUCCCUCCGCCCUGCUUCCCCCCUCCCUCCGCCCUGCUUCCCCCCUCCCUCCGCCCUGCUUCCCCCCUCCCUCCUCCCUGCUUCCCCCCUCCCUCCUCCCUGCUUCCCCCCUCCCUCCGCCCUGCUCCCCCCCUCCCUCCGCCCUGCUCCCCCCCUCCCUCCGCCCUGCUCCCCCCCUCCCUCCGCCUUGCUUCCCCUCUCCCUCCGCCCAACUUCCCCCCUCCCUCAUAGAGGUGAGCGUCACGCACCAGGUGACCCUUAGCUUUCCCCAUAUGCCACCCCUCUACCUUGAUCUAACCAUCUUCCUUGUCCCUCCCGAUGUACCUCAACAAUCCCUUCCCAUGUGCCUCUCCUCCCCCUCCCCAUGUGCCUCUCCUCCCCCUCCCCAUGUGCCUCUCCUCCCCCUCCCCAUGUGCCUCUCCUCCCCCUCCCCAUGUGCCUCUCCUCCCCCUCCCCAUGUGCCUCUCCUCCCCCUCCCCAUGUGCCUCUCCUCCCCCUCCCCAUGUGCCUCUCCUCCCCCUCCCCAUGUGCCUCUCGUCCCCCUUCCCAUGUGCCUCUCCUCCCCCUCCCCAUUACGUGACAGUGCUCUGCCGCAGCACACACCCCGUCUUCACUUCUGCUUGCAACUCAUACACGUUGAAGCUGCAGGGGCAGGGUGUGGGGGAGGAACCGGAUUGACAGGCAGGGUGAGGCAGGGAAAGAGAGAACAGGAGGGAGAGAGGAGGGAAGAUUGGCACGGUUGGGGGGGAGACGACUGGGGGAGAGAUGGAGUGCACGGAGUGCGGGGUAAAAGGAGCAGGGGAAUGGACGGCCAGCGCGCGGGUCAUGCGCGGAUCAUGUCGUCGCGCAGCACGACGCUCUGCGCACCGCACGCGGUGCAGAUGGCCUUUUCAACCGCGGUUCGUGCUGGCGACGAGGCAGCCUUCGGUUGCCGCCAUUAG